UGGAGCUCAGCUCUGCUGGAGCAUUUACUCCGGGUCCUUGAAACCAGCCAGCCCCCAAGCGAUUCCGGGGAACUGUAAGGGGUCGAGUACCCAACAAAAUGCUGAAACUCCUGCUAGACUGCCUUCUGCUUCUACCUUUCCUCAUCCUCUUCACCUUGGAAUCUUUCGUAAAGCUUUUUAUUCCUAAAAAGAGGAAAUCGGUCGCCGGAGAAAUCGUCCUGAUCACGGGAGCUGGACAUGGAAUUGGGAGACUGACUGCCUAUGAAUUUGCCAAACGUAAAAGCAAACUGGUCCUGUGGGAUAUAAAUAAGAAUGGAAUUGAAGAAACGGCUGAAGAAUGCAGGAAACUGGGUGCUAGGACACAUGCCUUUGUCGUAGACUGCAGUAAGCGAGAAGAUAUUUAUAGUGCAGCCAAGAAGGUGAAGACAGAAGUUGGAGAUGUGAGUAUUUUAAUAAAUAAUGCUGGUGUAGUCUUCACAGCAGAUAUAAUGGCUACACAGGACUCCCAGAUUGAAAGGACUUUUGAAGUCAAUGUACUUGCCCAUUUCUGGACCACAAAGGCAUUUCUUCCUGCAAUGAUGAAGAAUAAUCAUGGUCAUAUUGUCACGGUGGCUUCUGCAGGCGGACACAUUACGGUCCCCUUCUUAAUGGCCUACUGUUCAAGUAAAUUUGCUGCUGUUGGAUUUCACAAAAGUCUGACUGAAGAACUAGAAGCCUUAGAACGAACUGGAAUCAAAACAACAUGUCUCUGCCCGAAUUUCAUAAACACCGGCUUCAUCAAAAAUCCAAGUACAAACUUGGGACCCACUCUAGAACCCGAGGAAGUGGCCGAUAAGCUGAUGAACGGAAUCCUGACUGAGAAGAAAAUGAUUUUUAUUCCAUUCUCAUUGUGCAUUUUAACAAUAGUGGAAAGGAUGUUCCCUGAGCGCUUCCUGAGACUCUUAAGACGAAGGAUCAAUAUUAAGUUUGAUGCGAUUAUUGGAUAUAAAGCUAAAGGACAAUAAGUGCAUUUUCCUUUCUGGAAAACGGAUCGGUACAUGAUUUUUAAGUUCAUCAGUUAAUCAGAAUCUUACUGUGUAUGUGGGCUUCUGCUUUUCCUGACUCUUUUUUUCCUUCCUUAGCAUCUCUUGUGACUUUGGCAGUUGCCAUUACUAUGACUUGUCCUUUAGCUGAAGCUGAUUUCACAGGACACAAGAGAGAAUGGCACAAGAGUGAUUUUAUGGGGAGAAAACUUUUUUUUGCAAUCAUUUCCGAGAUUUCUGGCUCAUCUGAAUGCUUUGCAUAAUUGUACUACAAUUGUUAAAGAUAUAUUUUUAUCUCUAAUUACACUUACAUGUCAUGUUCUUUCCUGUUCUACAUGCACAGUCUACACAUCUUUUUCCAACAGCUCACUGCAACAAAUAAUGUGCACACACAUAUAAAUGGUGGCAAAAGUUCUGGCUCAGCGUAUCCACGAAAACACCACGCACAAGUGAAUUUCAGCCUCAUUAAACGUCGGCCUCUUUCAAUAGUCCAGCAUGGUUACUUUUGACCAUAUGUGUAUAAUCAAGGUGCGAGUCAUGGUGAAAGAAGUCAUGAUGUGAGUUUGGUAGUCCCCAGUAAUUGGAAAAUAAAUCGUUCGUACUGUG